AUGAUGAAAGGUUUGAUGUUUCAUCAGCAACAGCCAAAGCAACAAACACUAAAAGAUCAGGAAAAUAUGUCUAAUUUGACUUCAGCUUCUGGUGAAGCAAGUGUUUCUUCAGGCAACAGAAAUGAAACUGGCACCAACUAUGCAGCUCAACAAUACUUUUCUCCUCCAGCUCAAACUCAACCUCCCGUAAAAAAGAAGAGAAACCUACCCGGAAAUCCAGACCCAGAUGCAGAAGUGAUAGCUUUGUCACCCAAGACUUUGAUGGCAACAAAUAGAUUUGUGUGUGAGAUCUGCAACAAGGGGUUUCAGAGGGAUCAGAAUCUUCAGCUUCAUAGAAGAGGGCACAAUCUGCCGUGGAAGCUCAAGCAAAGAACAAACAAGGAGAUAAGGAAGAAGGUGUAUGUGUGCCCAGAACCAAGUUGUGUGCACCAUGAUCCAUCAAGGGCUCUUGGGGACCUGACAGGAAUCAAGAAGCAUUUUUGCAGAAAGCAUGGCGAGAAGAAGUGGAAAUGCGAUAAGUGCUCAAAGAGAUAUGCAGUUCAAUCAGAUUGGAAAGCUCACUCCAAGACCUGUGGCACUAGGGAGUACAGAUGUGACUGUGGAACUCUUUUCUCAAGGAGGGACAGUUUCAUCACUCACAGAGCCUUCUGUGAUGCUUUAGCAGAGGAGGGUGCAAGGUCUAUAACAGGAGCACCAAGCCAAUUUCUUUCCACUCAACCUGGUUCCUCGACUCCCCGUAUGAAUCUUCAAGUGCCCCAAUUCAGUGCUGGUCAAGACCUACAUGCGUUUUCACUUAAAAAAGAGCAACAGAGUGGUUUUAAUCUAAGGCCAGAGUUACCGCCAUGGCUAGCAUGCCCACCUGCAGGACUACGGGGUCCUGGCCCACCACAUCAACAGACACCCAUUGAUCAUCUGUCCUCCUCAUCCUCACCAUCAAUCCUCUCAACUAGGUUAGGCCAAGAGUUCACACCAAUCCAUCAAGAUAUGAGCCCAAACCCUAAUCCUAGUCUUGGCCCCACUCUGUCGCAGUACCAUUCAGGACCAUCCCCACACAUGUCAGCCACUGCAUUGCUGCAGAAAGCAGCUCAGAUGGGUGCAACCAUGAGCAGCAAAACUACUGGCUUGAUGAGACCCCACCACCACAAACAGCAGCAAGAACAAGCUCACGUGUCCGCUAAUGCUGAUAACUUUCCAAAUAUAAACACAGCUGGUUUUGGUCUGAAUUUGUCCUCACGUGAAGAGCUGGCAAGUGGUGGCUUGUUUUUCAAUGGCCCGGCUCCUUUUGGGAAUAAAGCUGGACCUACAGUUCCAUCUGCUGCUACCAGCACUGGUGCACCACCCUCAGGUGCUCUUCUUCAAGACAUGAUGAAUUCUUUAUCUUCUGCUUCUGGGUUUCAAGGGACUUCCUUUGAAGAUGCAUUUAUUGGCGGAGUUCUGAAUUCAAAGAAAGAUUUUAAUUUCAACGACAGCUCCCUCUCUAAAACAGCAAGAAAUGACAAUGGAGGUAGCAGUAGUGGCGGAAAUGAAGACUUGACUAGAGAUUUCUUGGGUCUCAGACCUCUCUCUCACAGUGAUAUACUCAGUAUAGCAGGUCUUAGUAAUUGCGUUAACACUUCUCACGAGCAACAGAAUCAAAGACCAUGGCAAGUGCUUCUAAGGAAGUAG